GAUGUCUUUUGCUGCUGUGUUUAUUACUUCUCCACAGUUCUUAUAUCACUUGAAACAGCUCAGUGGCUUGUCUUCUAACUAGAGGCUUUGGUAAUAGCCCUCAUGGCCAUGAUCUUCUAUCCUAUUCCAUGUACCAUUUAUUGACCAAAAAGUUCCCCGGCACUGGGGACUUGGUGACUAAAAGAAUUCUGAGUUCUCUAACUGAUUUCUAAGACCUGCAUAACUUUCAGCCACAUCAUUCAUUUUCCAUCAUAAUCACUGGUUACAAUUGUUUGUAGUUGCUCCACAGGCGUUUUAAUUGAGGUCUUAAUGAAAUAGCAAUCAAGGAAACAGUCGGGACUUCAACAUGCCUUUCCAUGUGGAAGGACUGGUGGCCAUAGUUGUAUUUUACCUGGCUAUCCUGGCAGUUGGAAUAUGGGCUGCUUGGAAAACCAAGAACACUGGCAGCGAAGGAGAUCGCAGCGAAGCUAUUAUAGUCGGUGGAAGAGAUAUUGGCUUGCUAGUUGGUGGAUUUACAAUGACUGCCACAUGGGUUGGAGGAGGUUACAUCAACGGGACAGCGGAAGCUGUGUAUGUCCCAGGCUAUGGUCUAGCUUGGGCUCAGGCACCUAUUGGUUAUUCCCUUAGUCUGGUUUUAGGUGGUCUGUUUUUUGCAAAACCCAUGCGAUCCAAAGGCUAUGUGACAAUGCUAGACCCUUUUCAGCAGAUUUAUGGAAAAAGGAUGGGAGGUCUCCUGUUUAUUCCAGCUUUAAUGGGAGAAAUGUUCUGGGCUGCUGCCAUCUUCUCAGCCUUAGGUGCCACCAUAAGUGUGAUCAUUGACAUUAAUAUCAAUAUUUCAGUCAUUGUUUCUGCCCUGAUUGCAACUAUGUACACUCUUGUGGGUGGGCUUUAUUCUGUGGCCUACACCGAUGUAGUUCAGCUAUUCUGCAUCUUCCUGGGGCUGUGGAUCAGUGUACCCUUUGCGAUGUCCCAUCCCGCAGUAACAGACAUUGGGUUCACAGCUGUGCACCAGGUGCACCAAGCACCUUGGCUCGGAUCUAUCAACUCACUUGACAUUUACACAUGGCUGGACAAUUUUCUUUUACUGACAUUAGGAGGAAUCCCAUGGCAAGCAUAUUUCCAGCGGGUUCUUUCUUCAUCUUCUGCCACAUAUGCUCAAGUUUUGUCAUUUCUGGCUGCUUUUGGCUGUCUUGUGAUGGCUCUUCCUGCAAUACUCAUUGGUGCAAUUGGAGCAUCAACAGCCUGGAAUCAGACUGAGUACGGUGUUCCUGACCCCAUGACUAAAAAAGAAGCAGAUAUGAUUUUACCGAUUGUGCUCCAGUACCUUUGUCCAGUCUAUAUCUCAUUCUUUGGCCUUGGUGCAGUAUCUGCUGCUGUCAUGUCAUCCGCUGACUCUUCAAUUUUAUCAGCAAGUUCUAUGUUUGCUCGGAACAUUUACCAGCUCUCAUUUCGGCAAAACGCCUCAGACAGGGAAAUCGUGUGGGUCAUGAGAAUCACUGUUUUUCUGUUUGGAGCAUCAGCAACAGCAAUGGCACUGCUGGCUUCAUCUGUUUACGGCCUGUGGUACCUCAGCUCUGACCUUGUUUAUAUCAUCAUAUUCCCUCAGCUCCUCUGUGUGCUGUUUAUUAAAGGAACCAACACCUAUGGUGCCAUUGCAGGAUAUUUAUUUGGCCUUGUUCUCAGAAUAACUGGAGGAGAACCGUACCUUUACCUUCAGCCCUUGAUCUACUAUCCUGGCUGCUAUCCAGAUGAAAAUAAUAUCUAUACCCAGCGAUUCCCAUUUAAAACACUUGCGAUGCUUACCUCUUUCUUUACUAACAUUAUAGUCUCCUACAUAGCCAAAUACUUAUUUGAGAGUGGGACUUUACCACCAAAGCUGGACUUCCUUGAUGCUGUGGUUGCGAGGUACAGCAGAGAACACAUGGACAAAGCAACUCUUGUAAAAAGUGACAAUAUUGUAUUAAACGAACUUGCACCUGUAAAUCCACGACACAGUCUGACUUUGACUUCAACAUUCACAAACAAGGAAGCCUUUAAUUAUGUUGAUUCAAGUCCAGAGCUGUCCAACACUGAAGAUAAUUAAAAGUCCUAUGCCCACAGAGAAAGCAAUGCAAAGCAGGGUAUUCUACAAAGAAUAGUCAGAGGCAUUUUAUCAGAAGAAAAACAAAACUUUGGAAUAAAAUACCACUGCACAAUUCUUUAAGAUGGUUUUAUGAGCAGGACCAUCCCAUGGGAGGAACUUUUAUCUGGUGUUAUCUGAUAUGUUGGAUAAGAUCUUAGUCUGUUUACUGAAAGAUACACUCAGAUCCCUUUCUUUCCACCCAGAACUAUACACUAUAUAAUUAAAAAAAUAUUUACAAUUGAAAAAUAUAAGUAGCAGAAAAGUGCAACAGUUAUUUAGCUAAGACAUCAUAUGAAUAAAUUAUAAUACAGUCACUUUGAAAUACUAUCAGUCGACAUUUUAUCAGAAUUGUAUGAAAAUAUAUUGUCACAGCUAUAAGUGAUUUAUUACUAAAGAGCUAGUUGCCUGAGCAGACAGAUAGAUAA